AUGGCUCGCCACGGGGAUACUCGCUCACCAUCACCAGUAGGCAGCACAUACUCGUCAUCCCGCCGGAACCGCAGAGAUGAUGAUCGCUAUGAGAGGAACAGACGGGAUGAUGGGCGAAUGUACCGCCGAUCCCGCAGCCCAGAGCGGCGGUACCGAGAACGUGAACGUGAUCGCGGCCGCGAUCGAGAUGCAUAUCGGCGACGCGACCGUUCCCUAGACAGACGUGACGAAGACAAUUAUCGGCCCAGUCGUCGAGACCGAUCGCGAGACCGUCGGCGGUCCAGAGACCGGGAUGAUGACUACGAAUAUCGUCGCAGAAGCCGCGAGAGGGAUUACCGAAGCAGGCGAGAUGAUUCGCGCGACCGCGAUCGGAGGCGCACAGAUGAUUCUGCUGACUUGAAGCGCAAGUCUAGACGGGAUGAUAGCCGUGACCGUGUCUCGAAUCGGCGGUCCAGGUCAAGGACUCGUGAACCGUCUAAGCCGUCCACACCCGCUCCAACCGCUCCAACCGACGAAGAGAAACGAGCUGAGCGGCUUGCAAAGCUGGAAGCAUGGAAGCAGAAACAAGCCGCUGAACGGGAACGGAAACAACGCGAGCAAGCAGCCGGUGGCGCCCGGAAUCUCCUGCAAGAGAUAGACCGGAAGUCAGGUUUAUCACCAGCUGUUGGCUCGCCUCGACCUGCCACGCCACCUACCGAACCACAAGCUUCCGUUUCUUAUCCCGGAAAAUUUGAUCCCAAGGCGAUUGCCAAGAAUGCGACCCCCUCAGCUCCUGCGCUGCCCGUACUGGGCAACGACAUUACCGUUCCAGCUGCCAAGCCGCCGUCCUCGACCAUUCCGCCAACACAAGCUAGCAAACUCCCUGCACAAACCACCAAGGCUCCGGUCCCAUUGAAAACCAAGGGUAAGGUCAGUGGAUUUGGGUUGGGUGCGAAACAAGCCUCGGACGCCGAGAAACCGUCAGCUACUCGAACUUUGGGCUUCGGCGAGGAAGAAUCAACACGCAAGAAACUUGAAAAACUUCCGACCCCUCCGCUUGAUGAUGCCAAGGAUGUUACUGCAGUUGGAGACGAUGCAGGCGAAGAUGACGACGUUGACAUGCAAGACGGAGGGACAGAAGAAGAAGCUGCGGCUGCGGCGCGUGCGGCAGCAGAACGUCGUGAAGAGCGGCUUCAGAACCAGCAUCUAGCCUAUCAAUCACAGAGUGAUGUUUCAACUGCCGAUCAAACUCCUCAGCCGACUGGGGAUGUUCACAUGGCUGACUCCAACCAACAAGCCGAAUCUGCCGAAAUGGAAGUUGAUGAGGCCGAGGACAUCGAUCCCCUGGACGCUUUCAUGUCAGGCCUGGCAGAUACUGCUCCACCGAAAAAGACCGUGGGGGCCAAGUUCUCCAAGAAAAAGGAGGCACAACCACCGCAGGCCAUUUUCGGGGAUGAAGCCGACGUGGACAUUACUGCCGUUGGUGAUGACGAUGAAGAUUUCCUUGCCAUCGCCAACAAGAAAAAGAAAAAGGAAAUUCCAGUGGUUGAACACGCCAAAGUUGAGUAUGAGCCGUUCCGUAAGAAGUUCUACAACGAGCCUUCGAAUCUUGCCGAGAUGAGCGAGGAAGAGGUUGCCAGCCUGCGUCUGGAACUGGAUGGGAUCAAGGUUCGUGGCCUUGAUAUCCCUAAGCCCGUGCAAAAAUGGUCGCAGUGCGGAUUGGGCGUGCAGACGCUGGAUGUUGUCGACAAACUCGACUACGAAAGCCUUACAUCCAUCCAAGCGCAGGCAAUUCCCGCAAUCAUGUCUGGUCGCGAUGUUAUUGGUGUCGCUAAAACUGGUUCUGGGAAAACCAUCGCCUUCCUCAUUCCGAUGUUUCGGCAUAUCAAAGACCAACGCCCGCUGGAAAGCAUGGAAGGCCCUGUUGGUUUGAUCAUGACACCGACCCGAGAGCUGGCCACCCAAAUCCAUAAAGACUGCAAGCCCUUUUUAAAAGCCUUGGGUCUGCGCGCCGUGUGUGCGUAUGGUGGUGCCCCGAUCAAAGACCAAAUUGCCGAUUUGAAACGAGGCGCGGAAAUCAUUGUUUGCACUCCGGGUCGAAUGAUUGACCUACUCGCGGCGAAUGCAGGGCGAGUUACGAACCUGCGACGCGUCACCUAUGUCGUUCUUGAUGAGGCAGAUCGCAUGUUUGAUAUGGGCUUUGAACCGCAAGUUAUGAAGAUCAUGGCCAAUAUCCGCCCUGAUCGCCAAACCGUACUGUUUUCUGCCACCUUCCCUAGGAACAUGGAGGCACUGGCUCGCAAAACGUUGAAGAAACCAGUUGAGAUUGUGGUUGGUGGCAAAAGUGUCGUGGCUCCUGAGAUCACCCAGAUCGUCGAGGUUCGCAACGAUGACCAGAAAUUCUUUCGUCUAUUGGAGCUGCUGGGUAACCUGUACUCCAAUGACGAAAACGAGGAUGCACGGGCGUUGAUUUUCGUCGACCGCCAAGAGUCUGCUGAUAGUCUCCUCAAGGAAUUGAUGCGGAAGGGCUACCCGUGUAUGUCGAUCCAUGGCGGAAAAGAUCAAGUUGACCGUGACUCCACCAUUGAGGACUUCAAGGCAGGCAUUUUCCCGGUUCUUGUUGCCACCUCAGUCGCCGCUCGGGGUUUGGAUGUCAAGCAGCUCAAACUCGUGGUUAACUACGACGCUCCCAACCACCUGGAAGACUACGUUCACCGGGCUGGUCGAACCGGCCGCGCUGGAAAUACCGGAACCGCGGUGACAUUCCUGACCGAUCAACAAGAUCGGUACUCGGUAGAUAUCGCCAAGGCACUGAAACAGAGUGGUCAAGAGGUUCCUGAGCCGGUUCAGAAACUGGUCGAUGCCUUUUUGGAGAAAGUCAAGAGCGGAAAGGAGAAGGCGAGCGCCUCUGGAUUUGGUGGCAAAGGUCUUGAGCGACUUGACCAAGAGCGUGAAACAACCCGGAUGCGCGAGCGACGAACAUAUAAGACCGGCGAGGAGGGCGAAGAGGAAGAAGAGAAGGGAGAAAAAGCGGAUGAAGCCGAGGACCGGUUUAAUAAGGUGCUUUCGUCUGUACAAUCUGCCGCUGCUCCGGCUGCCCCGCUCGCAGGUGUUCCCAAGGGUAUCGAUCUGGACGGCAAGAUUACCGUGCACAGGACCGAAAAGGACCCGGCUGCGGCUUCGAAGAAUCCCCUGGACAAGGUCGGCUCUGCAGUCGCCGAUAUCCACGCGCGCCUGAGCAGAGCGGGUGUGAUGAGGUCUGGUGUUCCCAUCGACAACCGCGGACCCGACGCAGGAGCGUUCCAUGCCACGCUUGAGAUCAAUGACUUUCCCCAGAAAGCUCGUUGGGGUGUUACCAAUCGUACCAACGUUGCCAAGAUCUUGGAAGCAACUGGCACGUCCAUCACCACCAAGGGCAGUUUCUAUGCGGCUGGCAAGGUGCCUGGCCCGAACGAGAACCCCAAGCUGUAUAUUCUGGUGGAAGGUGAAACGGAGAUCUCGGUCACGAAUGCUAUGCGCGAGCUGAUGCGGCUGCUCAAGGAGGGAACGAUGGCGGCGGCGGAUAGCGAUGCCCGCGCGCCUGUGGGUGGUCGGUACAAUGUUGUGUAG